AUGGGGGGGCGGAGUAUCUGCAAGUUUAAGCUGCAGAGACUCCUGGAGGGGCUGGAGGAAGCCUCGUUUGCAGGACGAGCCCAGGUGAAACGCCCAGCCACAUGCAUCUGCCUGAAAACCCUCAGCUCGAAACACAAGGGGCUCAAAAGACCUGCGGCUGACACACACAACAGCUGGGAGCCAGAGGAAAAUAUCCUGGACCCAAGGCUGCUCCUGGCCUUCCAGAAGAAGGAGCACGAGAAGGAAUUGCAGAACCGGAAGAGAGGCAAGCGGCCGCGGGGCCGGCCCAGGAAGCACACCGUGAUGUCCUCCUGCAGUCGGCGCUCCAAGCUCAAGGAACCUGACGCUCCGUCCAAGUCCAAGUCAAGCAGCUCCUCCUCUUCCUCCACCUCCUCCUCGUCUUCCUCCGACGAAGAUGAUGAUGACAGUGACCUAGAUUCCAAGAGAGGCCCCCGGGGUCGUGAGACCCACCCGGUGCCCCAGAAGAAGGCUCAGAUUUUGGUGGCCAAGCCUGAGCUGAAGGACCCCAUCCGCAAGAAGCGCGGCCGGAAGCCGCUGCCCCCGGAGCAGAAGGCAGCCCGGCGGCCCGUGAGCCUGGCCAAGGUGCUGAAAACAGCCCGCAAGGACCUGGGCGUGCCGGCCGGCAAGCUGCCCUCUCCGCUCAGUUCCCCAGUGGCGGGCCUGGCAGCCCUGAAGGCCCAUGCCAAGGAGGCCUGCGGUGGCCCCAGCAGCACGGCCACCACGGAGAGCCUGGCCAGCCUGAUGAAGGGUGUGUCGGGGAGCCCCAGCCGAGGUGGCAUCAGCUGGCAGGGUUCCAUCGUUCAUUACAUGAGCCGCAUGACUCAGAGCCAGGCCGAGGCCGCCAGCCGGCUGGCGCUCAAGGCCCAGACAGCCGGCAGGUGCAGCCUCGGGCUCGACCUGAAGGUGAGGACACCAAGGGGGGACCUGGGGGUCGGCCCCCCGGCAGGCAAAGUGCUGAAGGCCCCGGGCAGCGGGGCCACAGAGCAGAAAGGGGGGGGUGCGGGGGGCGCCCCACACGCCCAGGGUGGCAGCAAAGUCUCUGUGGGCUGCCUGAGCCCCCAGCCCACCCCCAGCCAAGAGCUGAGCCUGAAGGUCUUGGAUCUUCAGAGUGUCAAGAAUGGCACCUCGGGGGUUGGCAUGCUCGCACGCCACGCCACAGCCACCAAGGGCGUCCCCACCUCUCACCCAGCCACAGGGAAGGGCUCUGGGGGUGGGCCCACCGGGGGCAGUGCAUCCAGUGCCCCCACCGACCCCAGCAAAAGCGAGAAGCUGGCCUCACGGGCGGCAGCCUUGCCCACCUCCUCAGGCAAGCGGGACUGUAGCAAGGGCAGCGGGCCCCCGGGCGGCCAAGAAGGCCGCCCGGCCUCGGGGGAGGUCCGCAAGGCCCCGGCGCUCUCCGAGAUGAGCACUGGCGAGGAGAACAGCAGCUCCGACUCAGACCCCGACUCGGGCCCGCUCCCUGGGGCCGGGCAGAACCUGUCCGUCUCGGUGCAGACCAGCCAGGACUGGAAGCCACCUCGCAGCCUCAUAGAACACGUCUUUGUCACUGAUGUCACUGCCAACCUCAUCACAGUCACAGUGAAGGAGUCCCCCACCAGCGUGGGCUUCUUCAACCUGAGACCUUACUGA